UUAACAAUGUCGCAGUCAGAUAUAACUCGAUUUUUUGAAUCUUUUAACGAUCCAAAUGCUGAAAUCCAACAUCAACCUACUGUUAGUGGUGAUACUGUGAUCAAUACUGAUUCACAAACAAAAAAAUCUCCUUUAUGCAAAGCAAAAGAUCAAAACUCGAAUGCCGGUGGCCCGAUUCGUAACACUCGGAAAAAAGAUCAAAUUUCACCAAUCACUCAACGUAUUAGAAAAGCUGCUACUUUUCAAGACUCUUGGAAAUCAAAGUUCCCUUGGUUAAGAAUAGAAGAGCGUGAUCCUCCUAAUGGAAGUGAUUCUUCAGCUUCUC